AUGAUUGGUUCUUUGUUAACCGGUUUUGCUGUACAUUAUUACACACCAACUCGUCAUGGCCAUUAUAUAGGCAAAAAAGAGUCAAGUUCGAAUAUAUUAUAUUAUACAACUAGUUUAUCAUAUAUCAACCAAGUGACUCCUAAUUACACACCAGCAAUUAUAAUAGCUGUUAUAUCAAUUGCAAUUGGGACUAUUGCAUCAGUAUUUUGUAACUAUAACCAUACAAAGCCAUUAGAAAGACACUUUACAAAAGCUUUGUCUACUGCUAUGCGUUCACCGACAAUGAUUCAAUGUUUAAUGGUUGCAUUUAUGACUGGUUUAAUUAUAUCCUUCAUUAGUGAAUACAAUUAUCUUAUUCUAACAACUGUCUAUCAUGUACCACAUUAUUUCCUUGGUCUAUUGAUAACUACAGCAAUUAUUGUUGAAAUACCAACAUUAUUGUUUAUCUCAGGGAUACUUGUAAAACGAUUUGGGAUUAUCACAUGUCAAGUUCUUUCACAGAUUAUGUUAACUAUACGCUUUUUAUUCUAUGCCUUUUCAUUGAACUAUUGGUACUUUUUAAUUGGAGAAAUAGCCUACGGUAUAUGCUUUCCAAUAUUAAUGAAUGCUUUAUUAUCACAAACAGAAAAGGUUAGUCUUGAAAAGAAUAAUGAAAACUAUCAAAUUUUAACCAGCUUACAAGCUAUUCUAACAAGCACAAUGUAUGGAUUAAGUAGUAGUCUAGGCGGUUUAUUAUGGGGUCUACUAUUACAAUAUUUCAAUGCAAAUUCAUUAUUUUUUAUAGCAUUUAUUUAUACAUCAAUAUGUACCGUGCUUUUUCCGAUUGCUGCAUAUUGUUUAAAUAGAUUAAAAAGGUGUUAA